AUGUGGGACAACGCUAUUGAAUAUUUGAAGGAUCCACUACUAGUAGUGAAGGUGCAAAACUUUUUCGGAGUGAUAUACAAAAGUACUCGACAGAGCAAUGAAUCAUCCGAAGUGUUACAUUCCGAUAGGAAAGAGUUCUUGACCGAAGAGUUUGACUUAAAGCAGCACAAGCGGAUUCCUAGUAACAUAUCAAGUAGUUCGCAAUCGUCCCAGUCGUCGUAUGAUACGGAUGUGUCCCAGGAGAGUGGGAAAGGAGAGGUGGUGUGUACGAUAAACAACAGGUUUUGGUAUUACCUGUUCGUGGUGGGUACGGCGCUUGGGGACGAAAUAUUCUACGCGACGUUCAUCCCCUUCUGGUUCUGGAACAUAGAUGGCGCUGUCGGCAGGAGAGUGGUCCUGGUGUGGACCGUUGUGAUGUACAUAGGUCAAGGAAUCAAGGAUAUUGUCCGCUGGCCACGGCCUGGAUAUCCCGUUAAAAAGUUGCAAGAGAAAUGGGCGAUAGAGUAUGGUAUGCCUUCGACACAUGCUAUGGUUGGGGUGUCGAUACCAUUCUCAGUGUUAUUCUAUACGAUGGAUAGAUACCAGUAUCCCGUGCACUGGGGCACAGUAAUUGCUGUCUCGUGGUGCACCCUGAUUUGUGUGAGCAGAGUUUAUCUUGGAAUGCAUAGUGUUUUGGACAUAGCUGCCGGUCUAUUCCUGUCGACGAGUCUUCUGGCUGUGCUAAUCCCACUCGUGGACUGGUUGGACGGAGUUCUGCUCUCAAGCUACUGGGCUCCAGUUGUUGUUAUUGCUCUGUCUAUACUUGUGAUAGUAUUCUACCCUAAUGCAGACAAGUGGACCCCUACAAGGGGCGACACAACGAUGAUAGUGAGCGUGUGUGCGGGCAUCCUCGUCGGAUCAUGGACCAACUACCAGCUCGGAAACAUGCACGCCAGCAACCUCUCACCCCCCUACGAGAUCAUCUGGCCCUCCAUCGAGAUGUUGGGAUGCACCAUCCUCCGAACCAUACUGGGAUUCUGCGGAGUCCUAGCAACCAGAGCGAUCGGCAAGUCUUUCUCGUACGCAUUCAUCUGUGCCCUCUUAGGCAAGGACAAAAACGAACUGCGCAACUCCGAGAACAGCUUAGACAACAAAAACAAAAUCAUCGUCGAGUUGUGCUACAAAUAUUUCACUUACGGAAUGAUAGGGUUCAACACGACAUACGUUUUCCCUAAUGUGUUCGAUUUGCUGAAAAUCAAUAGGCCUACUUAUUAUACUGAAAUUUAAAUGUUUCGGUUGUGGAGUUCGAAAUUUUCACUGCCCGGGGCUUCGCUCGCGUGGGUUUAGCCUUGUAAAGUAUCUCGCAACAUUCCAGUUAAGUAGAAUAUGCUGGGAGGUAGUUUAGUGGAAUAGUACCUAUUCAGAGUGAAAUUCAGUGCCUGGUGUAACCACCUACUGCUAACGAUAUUUUUUGUUCAAAGAAAUUUAAAGCGAUCAUUGAAGUUUUCCUAAGAUACAGAAACGAAAUCUUUCAGUUUUCACUAU